UUAUUCAGGUACGUGUAAUUUCGUUUUUAGGGUUUAACAGGUUUAUUUUGGCUGUAUCAUCGUAGGUGAAGAACGAUGUUUCGAGAUGAAUUGUCACUAUCUCUUGGUGUCAUCAGUGUUAUUAGUUGGAGUGUUGCCGAGAUACCGCAGAUUAUGACUAACUACAGUAACAAAUCCAUUGAAGGUGUCUCUAUAGCCUUCUUAACGACAUGGAUGCUUGGUGAUAUCUUUAAUGUUGUUGGCUGCUUGAUGGAACCAGCUAGUCUUCCAGUACAAUUUUACACGGCAGUGUUGUAUACACUGGCUACACUUGUUCUCUAUGUUCAAUCUAUAUAUUAUGGGCAUAUUUACCCGCGGUUGAUGAAAAACCGAAGGAAUCAUCAUGUGGUUGAUGUGGAAGAGCCUUUGCUUCAUGAGGAAGCUAAGCGUCCUUCUACCAAAUCUAUGUUAUGUGUGGUCUCGGUGUUCUUGUUUCUUGGAACAUUUAAUUUGUUAAGUGGUUCAAGAAGUAUGGAUUUGAGAGGGAAAGAUAGGGUUUUUGUAGUUGGAGGAGCAAGAAAGCUUUUGGAGGUCUCUAGCGGUAACUUAGGAGAAAGUAGCAAUAUCGGAAUGUGGUUGGGUUGGGCAAUGGCGGCGAUUUACAUGGGUGGAAGGCUUCCUCAAAUAUGUAUGAAUAUAAGAAGAGGACAUGUUGAGGGAUUGAGUCCAUUGAUGUUCUUUUUUGCAUUCGUUGGCAAUGUGACUUAUGUUGCAAGCAUACUUGUGAACAGCGUUGAAUGGUCGAAAAUCGAACCGAAUCUACCAUGGCUUGUUGAUUCAGGAGGAUGUGCUGUGCUUGAUUUUCUUAUUCUGCUUCAGUUUUUCUACUUUGGCUGUCGCAAAGUCGAAAAAGAUUCCGACAAGAAGAAGCAUGAAACCGGAGAAGAAGCUGUCUAACAAGGCCUCGAACAAGUACAGUUUUGAUCUUACCACCAGCAAGAUGCAUGUUACUUAGGGAAGCUUAUUCAAUCUUGAUUUAGGUGGAGUUGUAAUGACUACAUUUUGCAAUUGAGAGAAUUUUGUUAACUUUGGUUGAGUUUUGUGUGCUGAUGAAACUACUUUUUGGGUUUCUACUUUUGAGUUUUAAUUCUGAACCUAUGCAUUCAUUGUCAACAAAUUUAUAUCUUUAUC